UGCAGACAUAAGACACUAGUCAGAAGUCAACUCAAAUCCGCAGUCGCAUGCGUUGUUCGUCGUGUGUGGUGGAUUGUUGCCCAGCUGUUUUGUAUUCCCAGGAGCCUGAAGGCUUGCUCUGUGUAGAGGUGCAAAUCUACUGCGAGACAGGUGGCACCAGCUCACAUUUACCGUUCCCUUGCUACAAGGUCCAGGCAUGGUGUAACAGUCAUAACGCAAUGAAUAUGCUGGAGCUGAGUGCGGUGGGUGCACCUCACGAGUUCCCUGUGCCCAGCUCAUCGUCGGAGAGCAGCCGCAGCUCCAAUGGCGCUUCCAUGACCUGUCGCAUAUGCCUGCAGCUGCGCUCCAGCUUCUUCUGUGAUGAGUGCAUUCGCAAUGGGGACUUCACCCGCUCCCAAGUUUUGUGCCCCGAGAGGUUUGCCGAGAAGAAGCUGCGGCUUCUCAGACUCCAGCGACAUAAGGCGUCUCUUGAAAAGAGCAUCCUGGAAAUGUCGGGACCCAUGCUGAAAAAGGAGGCACUGAGGGAUGCCAUGCAGCGGACACGGGACCAGGUUGCCUACCUUCGCAUUGUCCUUGAGGACCUCAAGAGACGGAGAGAAGAGGAGGAGUCGCAACUGAAGCAGGAGCGUUUCGACUACUGCCUGGCUGAGCAGGAUGUGCUGCAUGUGCAAGGCCAGUUGCACCUACGGUCGCAGCAGCUGCACGAGCUGCAGGAAUCUCUGGAGGAGAAGCGUGGGCGACUUGCUGAGUGCCAGCUGCGGCGCCAGGAACUGGUGCGAGCAUAUGUGGGUGACCUCGCCCACGACAUCUUCCCGAUUCACGAGGAGGAGCAUCCGGUGGGAACUAGCACGGAGUCCAGUGGCAGCAGUAUUUCUGGAGUGACUGCAGCUGGGGGUCGGGAGCAGCACGAACUGGAGGAAGCCCAGCAGACAGUGUAUGUGCGUGGCCGUUGGGUUCACCUGGCACCCACCGAGGGGUGCUACAACCUGGUUGGGGUGCGUCUACCCACCAGCGGGGACUACUCCCAGUACUGCCACUGGUUGGCUGAACAACAGGAACGUGCGUGGCCUGCCCCAGAGGAGCCGUGCAACGUGGGCUACACGCUCUCAGCAGGGCUCAUGUAUGCGGCCCAGAUGGUGGCCGUCCUGGCAUUCUAUCUCGACAUGCCUCUGCCCCACAGCCUCUGCUACAGCCAGUUUGGUGCACGAGACGAGAAUGAAGACGACUUCCGCAACCUGGUGGCACGGCUCAACAGCAACGUGUUGCAUCUGUGCGCAUCCCAGGGCCUGGAACCACCCCUGCUCCGACCCAGGACUACACUGCGCAACCUCGCACUUCUGGUGCAGCAUCAAGGCAACAUCAGGCUGGGCCCAUUUGAGAUGAGUAGUGAUUUGUGGGCAUCGCUCGAAGAGAGUCUGGGGCCUGAGUUACAACCAAGUGACCCCGACAGUGAUGACAACGACGACUGGGAAGAUGUCACAGAAGACUCGCCCAAGGCCGACAUUCAGUGGCGGCCCAGCAGCCCCCAGCCCAGCAGCAGUCUGCUCUCCUCAGCUGCGGCUCUGGUCACCAACUUUUGGCGGCCAAAAUGAUAAAAAGUGCUCACCAUCAUCACACACCUGCUUGGCAUCGACAGUUAUUCAUGGCAUCUGUCCCAGUUCCACUGCACAGUUGCUAGGACAGUCGUCUUUAUUUUUUGUUUGUUUUGUUCUUUUCACAUGUAGGGUUUAUGUUCAUACUACAGUCAGAACCACUUUCAUGGUGCAUGCAGUUUGAUGUCUCAUUUGGGCAAAUUAUUUGCUGUUUUGUUUAGAACAUAUUGGAACAAAUUGGAAGUAUGCGUCAACUGUUGUUUCAUCUUGAACAAACUGGAAGUAGGCGGCAUUUGCAGCAACACCAAACAAAAAAAUUAUUUCACUGCACUAAAAUGGUGGCGUCAUCUAGCAUUGUCAGUAUGAAACCCUGCACACUUGCUGUGUACGCACUUUGCCAUUGCAAUAACAGAGGACGCCAGCCUUAUGUUUCUGCAAAAUCUAUACUUUUUUUACUUCAUGCGAGUACAUAUGAUGCAUACUUUAUAUACCUACUGUGUGUUAAACAGGCACAUUAUGCACCCAAGCAUGGUAUUAGGCUGCGUGCACUAUGAAAUGCUACCUCCAUGCGAAAUAUUCACUCAAUAGAGCUUGUGGCUUAGCCAGGAGAGCCUUGUUAUACCUGGUACUUUUAUUGUUGUAACACGCAGCAUUGUGUGUAUGUAUCUGAAGGAGUUGCAGUCGUGCAUGCAUGCUUUUUCUUGUGACCAAACAUGCAUUACUUUCAUCAAGUGUCAUGUGACAAUUUUUGUAGUGCAAAAAGAAAACUAGUGAUGGAGAGAGCAGAAAGUAAGACGGGCGCUAUACUCGCUGCUGUUUAUUAGGCACAAUGCAUAACAGGGGGCAACAAGAAGUAAGAGUCAUCAUGUACCCUAUUUGUUUGAAUCUAAGCCACAAUUUUUUUUAGAAUCUUGAGUUGCGAAACUCCACAGUCUGCUUAGAUUCAAGGAUUUUGUUAAGACCCAUUAAAACAAAAAGUGACACUCCGCUAGUGCCACUGUGAACGACAUCAUUGUAGCCAUCACAAUCUGCUGGGCAGCCGACCGAAGCACAGGCGACACCAUUUUGGCCGCUUUGAGUGUGUGCAAAAUAGCUGCAUUCUAAAUUUUCCUUCCCCAGUGCUCAAGCUUCUCCAUCCACAUGCCACUCCGGUCGGCGGUGUAUUGAGGGGAUUCAGGGCAUGCUGUGCAGGCAUGUGUAGGCUCAAUUGCCAUGGCCAGGGACGACAUCCCAGGAGACCUGAUUAGACAUGCAUUUAGAAAGUGCUGCAUUUUGAACACACUUGAGGGCACUGAAGAUUGUGCGCUGUGUAUGAAGAAGAUGGCGACAAUGAGCCCAGCACAGACGGGCAAGUGAAUUUGGAGAAUUUCGGUGCUGGUAUUAAAUGCUAUUUACCUUGUGCA